GCACAACCACAUCCUGUACGACUGUAGUAGCCCGCACCUUUCAGACCGUAGGCACAAGCGAACCGGAAUCGAGAGUGAGCCAGUGAACCGCUCGGCCACACAACCCCUCCACGUACGAGCCAUCUUCCGAACCUCGGCGAGCCACAUCCUCUGCGUUCAAGCACGGACAGUGGUGUCUCGCAAAGCGCCCGACGGUUCUCUUGCCCCGCGAUGGCCAUGAUCAACUCGGCCGCCUGGACCGGGCAAGAGCAGAACAUGUCAUCGACAGGCGAUGAUGACUUUCAGCAGUUUUUCGAUAUCGGCAUGUCCAAUAUGGGCGAUUCGAUGCCCUUCGACUUCCAAUCCUUUACCUCUCAGAAUGGCCCUUCAAUGAUACAGCAGGGCCAUCGCGAACCUGUCGAUACGCCCAUGAGUGAUGUGAAUGUGGCCCCCAUCGUUGCGCAGAGCAAUACGGGACCGCAGAACCAAGGUGCUCCAAUGACAUCUGCGCCGUGUCAUUCUUCUAUCCUCUCACAGAUCCUUCCUCACCAGCAGACGCCCAAUGACGCCAUUUCAGAGAUCGAUGCUCAGAUACAGUUUUUGCAGCAUCAGAGGUUGCAACAGCAGCAGCGCCAACUUGAGGAGCAACAGAGACGGUUACAGGAGCAGCAGGCUGCGCUGUACGCUCAGCAACAGCAACAGCGGAACAUAGUCCCCCCAACACCCCAGAGCCUCGAGAUGCAAGCCACAGGCCAAUUUUACGCUUCGCAGGAUCAAGGACAUUCGUCGAGGAUGUUUGAUGGAUAUCAACAGAUCAAGGAACAACAGGAUAUGGCCUUUACGCCACUGGUGUCUCCUGCUGUGACUCCCUUAGAUACUCCUUUCCCAGUAGACCAUCAAUUCAUGGUCCCUAGUGCGUAUUUUAGUCCCAUAACGUCCCCAGCUCUAUACGCACAGCCGGACUCGUCAAUUUACUAUGACCCAAGGCACUCGGGCCAUACGAGCCAAACCACCAACUCCCCGGCUGCGAUGGACGUGGAAUCCCCCUCGGCUUCAACAGCAACCGACAACCUCUCAAAGGAGACACGCAAGAAUGCGCCGUCCUCGAGGAGAAAAUCAAAGGCACGGCCUUCGCCUAUCGUGAAACCCACACGGAAGAAAACUAGUUUGACGCCGAUUAUGAAUGCCCAAGCUUUGAGUGAGUUGGUGGAAGUGGUAGCUGAGGGCACAGCGUCAGCUCCCAAACCCAAAUCAGUCUCGGCAUCUUCCAAUGACGAGUCAGAGAACGCGUCUGUAUCGCCCGAAGCUCUUGAGAUGCCCCCGCCACCACUUCCGCUACCACGAUCAGCACGGCAGUCACCUCAUAUAGCACCCCAGAGUGAUGAGAUACCCCCGGCUGUGCCUCUCCUAAAGUCUCAACAUGGCAAGCCGUCACCUGCCACUCCUGCGUCUCUCUUCAGAAUAUCGCCCAGGAAUCAGUUAGCAGACCAUAAUCAUGCAGUCACCGCCCCUGAACAUAUAGAAAGCUUUGAGCUGCCGGAGUCAAUUAACUCGAUCAAGCCCGCUCCACCGCAACUACCACAAUUAAAGACGCAACAGUCUCCUGGCGCGUCUCGCGAGGAGGAUACACCAAAGCUGAUACCGCUCCAGCCACUGCCGUCGCCUUAUGCGCCUAAGCCCAUCCAACCCGCUUCGGCUAGUCAAAGUCCGCAGCUCAACCCCCGGCCGCCUUCGGCUGUGAAAAAGACGCCACUCAUGGUGCCGAAGGGCGGGAGAAAACGGUCAAGCAUAAGCUCUGUCUCCCCAGCCCUACUGCCCAGAAUCUCGCCCAACAUCAAGCCGCUAUUACCAGGUACACCUGGUCUAUCCAAUGAAGACUCGACCUCGAGACUCCUGGCCUCCAAGUCUAACUAUCAAAGGAUUCUGGAAGGCAACACGGUUCCCGGCGUGACGUAUCCCAGUGAACUCUCCACCAACCUGACGUCAAAGCGGACUUCGCACAAGAUUGCCGAACAAGGGCGGCGGAACCGAAUCAAUUCGGCGUUGCAAGAGAUCGCCACACUGCUCCCCAAGGGCGCACUUAAGGAGAGCAAUGAAGGUGAUAGCGAGAACGGAAAGGGGGACAAAACGGAGACCAAGCAGUCGAACACGCCAAACAGCAAGGCGAGUACGGUAGAGUCGGCGAUCGAGUAUAUUAAACACCUGCAGAAAGAGCUAGCUGAGGCUACUAAGCGGGCAGAAGAAGCCGAAGAGAAACUGCGGGGAUCAUCACAAGCAUCAGAAGCAUCCCAAGCGGUGUCUUGACGAAGCGGCACGAAUAUUUGACAGGAUAUAUGAGUGCAAGAUGAAACAGAGAUGAAUCCAAGAUGAAGUAAGUAAAAAGCCAGGAGAGUCACCGCUAUAACGGGGUGAGGCUCUCGCGAGGCGUUCUUAGACUGAGAUAUAGUGUAUCUUAUAAUGGAGACCUGACGAGGACUUAAUGGGGAUUGGUGUAUCAUACCUAGGUUUGCAUUUGCCAUCUAUUGUCAUGUCAC